GUUGGUGUUUCUUCAAUAUGUCUUUCAGUUCCUGAAGGGGGAAAAUUUUCAACAGCUAUUAGUGAAAGUGAAUUUGUCUUGUGAUUUAAAAAUUAAGAUAUUUCUUGUCUUAAAGUGGUUAUCAAAAACUUCAUGAAAGACCAUCAAUGCCUUCAGCUCAUUCAUAAGGUGUGAUAGUUACAUAGGGUGAAAGAUUUUUGAUUCUCGAAUAUGUGUUUUCAUGCUAUCUAAUUUUAAAUGUUACCCUAAUUUUGAAUUUCCAAGCUUUGUUUUUGUUUUAAAAAGAGAAAUGAUUGUUCACUUAAGAGAAAACACUUGAAAAUAUAAAUAUUUACAAAUUUAACACCAGCUUAACAAGUUCAUUGCUUGGGAAUUGUUGAUGACUUCGGAUGUGGUACAGGUAGCUGUAAUCACUUAAAGGCAGGAUCUUUCUGGGUAAAUGUGCUGUUUGUAUAUGCAGUAGGUAACUUAGUGUGGAGAUUUGAAUGAAAAUUGAAUUAUAUCUGCAAAUAUCUCACUUUAGAGUUCUGCACUUAGUGUGAAAGUAUAAGCACUCGCAUUACAUUUUUUCUCAUUAAAGCAUUUAAACAUUAAAUAAUACUUGGAGUAGUCCUGUAAGGGGAGGUGCAGUUGUCAGCCAGGACUAAAAACUUCAGAUUUUUAUAUUGUUCUUGGAAGACAUUUCUCUUCAUACCUAGGCCUGGUCUACACUAUGACUUUAAUUCGGAUUUAGCAGCGUUAAAUCGGAUUAACCCUGCACCCGUCCACACAACGGAGCCAUUUAUUUCAAAAUAAAGGGCUCUUAAAAUCGAUUUCUGUACUCCACCCCGACGAGCAGAGUAGCGCCAAAAUCGAUUUUGUCAUUUCGAAUUAGGGUUAGUGUGGCCGCAAUUCGAUGGUAUUGGCCUCCGGGAGCUAUCCCACAGUGCACCAUUGUGACCGCUCUGGACAGCAAUCUGAACUCGAUGCACUGGCCAGGUAGACAGGAAAAGCCCCACGAACAUUUGAAUUUCAUUUCCUGUUUGCCCAGCGUGGAGAGCACAGGUGACCACAGAUAGCUCAGCUCAUCAGCACAGGUAACCAUGCAGGCCGAUAAUCGAAAAAGAGCACCAGCAUGGACCGUACGGGAGGUACUGGAUCUGAUCGCUAUAUGGGGAGAGGAUUCAGUGCUAGCAGAACUUCGUUCGAAAAGACGAAAUGCCAAAACUUUUGAAAAAAUCUCCAAGGGCAUGAUGGAGAGAGGCCACAAUAGGGACUCAGAUCAGUGCCGCGUGAAAGUCAAGGAGCUCAGACAAGCCUAUCAAAAAACAAAGGAGGCAAACAGUCGCUCCGGGUCAGAGCCGCGGACAUGCCGCUUCUACACCGAGCUGCAUGCAAUUCUAGGGGGGGCCGCCACCACUACCCCACCUGUGACCGUGGAUUCCGGGUCGGGGAUAAUCUCAUCAGCUACACCUGAGGAUUCUGCGGAUGGGGAAGAGGAGGAGGAGAAGGAGGAGGACGAGCUUGCGGAGAGCACCCAGCACUCUGUUCUCCCCAACAGCCAGGAUCUUUUUCUCAGCCUGACUGAAGUACCCUCCCAACCCUCCCAAGCCAGUAUCCAAGACCAUGACCCCAUGGAAGGGACCUCAGCAGCUGCAAAUUUUUCAAGCCUCCCUCCUCCGUCCCGAAGGCUAUCUCAGAUAAGGCGGCGUAGAAAGAGGACGUGAGACGACAUGUUCACGGAAAUAAUGGAAUGCACCCGCAAUGAAAGAGCUCAUUUGAAUGAGUGGAAGGACACGGUAUCUAAAUUUAGGAAAGAUGCCAGUGAACGUGAGGUCAUGAGGGACGCUCGAGAUGAGAGGUGGCAGGCUGCAACGCUGGGGCUGCUGCGUGAUCAAACGGACAUGCUCCGGCGUCUGGUGGAGCUUCAGGAACGGCAGCAGGAUGACAGACUGCCGCUGUAUAACCUCCCUCCCCCCUCACCAUGUUCCAUAUCCUCCUCACCCAGACGUGUGAGAACGCGGGGGGGGAGGCUCCGUGCACCCUCCCACUCCACCCCAGUGGACAGCCCAACCAAAAGGCUGUCAUUAUAUUGAAUUUUUUCAGUGGCCUUUUACUUCCCUCCUAUCCUCCUCCCAAACCUCACCCAGAUUACCUUGUUGGUUCUCUCCCCGUGUUUAUAAUCACUUAAUAAAGAAUACAUGAUUUUUAAA